UACAUAUGUGAGAUAAGUUUUGGACGUUUUAUAAAACGGAGUUUAUCCACGACUUUUGCAAGCGUUUUCCCAUCACGAUUUCAAAAUGGAGACCGAUGUCCCGCAUGUCCAAGUAAAAUUUUAUACAAAACAGUCCAGAUAUUCUGUGCCGGAUACACCAUUUUCAGUACCAGCUACAGUUCAAACAGAUGAUCUUAGCUCUCUUAUCAAUGGACUCAUCUCUGAACCUCUUGAGACUGAGACAAAUUUAGAGUUUGAUUUUCUUGUGGAAGGAGAAUUUCUACGAAUUUCUUUAGAAAAACAUCUUGAGCAGAAAAAUAUAUCCACAGAAAGUGUAGUAGAGAUAGAGUAUGUAGAGAGACAUCCAGCACCAAGACCAGAAGAUUCUCUGAACCAUGAUGACUGGGUCAGCUGUGUACACUCAACAGGAAAUAAGAUACUAACAGGUUGCUAUGACAACACACUACGGCUUUGGACAACUAAGGGAGAUUCUAUAUUAACAAUUCCUGGUCAUACUCAACCUGUAAAAUGUGUAUCCUGGAUUAAGAAUGAUUCUAGUGAUAAACAAAGUUUUAUGUCUGGGUCACAUGACCAGACUGUGUUACUAUGGCAGUGGGAUGAGAAGAGUAAUGAGGUAGACUGUGUACACUCAUGUCGUGGUCAUGCAGGUAGUGUUGAUUGUGUGGCGGUAGACCAGUCUGGACAAAGGGUUAGUGAUUAUAUUACCAUAACCUGGACAGAAAGAUACAGAUAUAAGUGGUUCCUUCUUCCUUAA